AUGGGUUCACUUGACGAAAAAUCUGAUGAGAAACCCUUUCUUCCGGCUCCAGCAACCUCUGCAUCCGCAUAUGCUCACCGCCAAAAACAACAUUCUCCAACAAUCAUUCUACUGGUGGUCGCGUUUUACUGGCUUGCUUCUCUAGCAGUAGUAUUUUUAAAUAAAUUUAUUCUAAGUAGUUCGGAGUAUAAAUUUCCAUAUCCAUUAUUUGUAACAUGGUUUCAACUCCUCGUCGCGUUGAUUAUCCUACUGGUUUGGGGAACUUUGGGAAAAAGUUUUAAGACCUUCUCUCUUAUCCCGCCGUUUGAAUUUGAUAUGAAAAUUGCCCGCAAGGUAAUACCUUUGACGUUUAUGUACGUUAUGAUGUUGGCCUUCAACAACUUGUGCCUACAAUAUGUAGAGGUUACAUUCUAUCAGGUUGCACGUUCACUUUCAAUCCUUUUCAAUAUAACUUUCACAUAUACUCUACUUGGAGCUAAAACUUCAUUUGCCGCAUUGAUUUGUUGUGGUGUUGUUUUCCUUGGAUUCGUGAUUGGUUCCUACGGGGAAAUAAACUUCUCUUGGGAAGGAAUCAUUUACGGUGUCGCUUCCAGCGCAUUCGUUGCAUUGUAUGGCAUUUAUGUUAAAAAGACCCUUAGCGCAGUGGACAAUAACCAAUGGCGAUUACUCCAUUAUAACACAACUUUAUCAAUAGUUUUCCUUUUCCCAUUAGUACUUUUUUCCGGUGAAUUACAAAGCAUUGUCAACGUGUAUUUCUUGGAUGAUUGGGGAUUUUGGACAUUGAUGACUAUCACCGGCAUCACAGGAUUCGUCAUCAACAUUGCAAUGUUCUUGCAAAUUAAAUUCACAACACCUUUAACAAACACAAUUUCAGGAACUGCAAAGAGUUGUUUCCAAACUGCUUUGGCAGCUUGGUAUUUCCAAAAUCCAAUUUCACCCUUGAAUGGAACUGGUAUAUUUCUCGCUUUAUUCGGUUCAGGUUUAUAUUCUUGGGUGCGAUAUAGGGAAAUGCUCCGAAAAUAA